AUGUCGGCUACAGCAGCUGCUCAACCGCCUGCCAUACCCCCGAGGCCUUCGAGAAGCCCGGAGAAGACGCCCCCCAUGAUUCCUCCUCGCCCUGCUAAGCGCCUCCAGCGCUCCAUCAGCCCCAACCCCGACCGAUUCGCCCCCUCGCCUUUGAAUGAGGUCCCCUUCAACAAGGCCAAGGAGCUGCUGCAAGCCCAGCAUGCCGAGUCUGCCCCUAAGAGACACUCAGUCGAGCUCCCCUCUCUGGGCGAGGAGGGCAUGGAAUAUGCCCGUCUGACGGAAGAGCUGGCCUUGGCCAACGAGGAGGAACCAAAGCCUGAGCAGACCCGGACCAUUGCCAGCGAUCUCCAGCUCCAUGCUCCCAAGCCCUCGCUGCCUGCGGCCAGCGCGAAGCAGCGCGUCCAGACAGUCACUCGUACCGAUAGUGAGCGAGCUGCUGCUUUUGGUAUCGGCAAGCCCAGUAGCGUCGAGGGCUCGAGCCCAGCCCCUGGCGUUCCGACGAGGCCUAGUCUUAAGAAGAAGGCCAGUAGCGCCAGCCAACUCUCGGCGACUUCACUCCCUGAGGACGAACAAGGCAUUCCCGAGAUUGGCCAGCAAGUCCCCAUGUACCCGAAUGCCGGCGAUGUCCAAGCUCCUUCGCCCGCUCUGAGCAACAAGAACCACCACCGCAAGGGUUCAGCUCUUGGCCACCUGCCCCUUGAUACCUAUGGCCUGCACGGCCAUGGUAUCAUUCCUCAAAACAAGCUUGAGAAGGCCUACUACGAGAAGCACCCAGAACUCCUAAAGAAGGAGCGUGUUCCACACCACUACGACCGGCCUAAUGACUUCUCUAUGAGCCAAGAGGACCUUAACAAGAUCGUUCGGGAGACUGCCGUCCGCGGCACCGGUGUUGGUGCUACGGAUUACUCCGGUACUCCGAGCGAACAAGUCGCCUGGCAAGCCCUGGAGGAGUCGGUUUCGCGUUCUGCCUCUCCUCGCCCUGCCUCGCCCGACAAGCAGGCCGCGAGUCUUGCCGAGGUCAUCCACGUUGACGAGCCCAACCGUAGGAAGUCGGUCAUGUUCAGCGAUUCCGAGUCGGCGAACGAGGAAAUAGAGCACCCCUACACGGCUCCCAUCCUAGCCGAAGAUGAGGUUGCCAAGGACCCCACGGCCGUGCUCACUAAGGAGCCUGCAGUGGAGCCUCCGACGAUCGAGGAGCCUGUCAGCCGUUCUUCGAGCCGUGCUCCCAGCAUCAGGAGGGUGACCUUGGAGCCCAAGCCUGAACCACAGGAGGAGACUGAGGAGUAUGAGCCGCUCUUCAAGGACGACGAUAAGGCAAAGGAGCGGAGACCUUCCAUCCAGGAAGCACUCAAGAACAACCAUAAGAAGCAGCGCUUCCCUAGCGCCGACAUCUGGGAAGACGCUCCCAGCAGUGUCUUCUACACUGCCGAGGUCUCGGCUCCCGAGCUCUUUGAGGGCGGUGAUGAUGAAGAGAAGCCUGAGCCAGUCGUCAAGGUUUCUCCUCCGCCUGAGAUCGAGACUCCUGCUAUAGUCUUUGCUCGUCAGCAGGAGGAGCUUGUUGAGAAAGAGUACCAACAGUACGGGCCCGAAGGCUUCCCCGCUGCCCGCGGCAGCAAGCCGCCGGUCAAGGAGGAGGAGAAGCCAAGUGGACCGGCUGUCGUUCCUGCUCGUCCCGCCUCCCGCUUCCCGAGUCGCGACGUUUGGGAAGAUGCUCCCGAGUCUGCACAACUUGAGACUGAAGUCUCGGCUCCGCAAAAAGAGGAGGACGAGGAAGCGGAAGCCUCACCAGUCGAGGAGGCUAAGCCUGAGCUUCCAGAGCGCCCUCAGCAACCUCCUAAGCCGGCCAGCGAAAAGCCUGCCACUCCCGAGCGCCGCCCGAUUAAACCCCGUCAGGUGUCAGUCAACGGCGAAGAUCAUACUAAACCGGCUAUCCCGGACAAGCCGAAGCCUCAGAUCCCGCCUCGGCCCGCCGCUAGGCCCGCACCGGCCGCUGUCCCCACAUCGGGCGCUUCUUCCGAACCUAGCGCCGAGACGGCUGCUCCCGCACCCCGCCCUAAGCCCGCCGUCCCUGCUCGCCCUAUCGGCUCUAAGAUUGCGGCUCUGCAGGCCGGUUUCAUGAAUGACCUUAACCGCAGACUGCAGCUCGGGCCGCAAGGCGUGCUGGCGGCGAAGCUGAAGGAGAAGGAAAAGGAGGAACAGUCCUCUGGCUCUGGCUCUACUGAAGAAGGUGGGGAGGAGAAGGUCGAGGCUAAGGAGAAGGCGCCGCUAAGCGACGCCAGGAAAGGUCGAGCUCGUGGUCCCCAGCGCAGAGCGCCUACUUCUGUGGCUGCUGCUGCUGCGGCGGCGGCGGCGGCAGCUCCUCCUCCUGUUAAGGAGGAGCCGGAGGUGUCAUUUGCGUUUUCUGUGGCUAAGACGGUGUUCGAGAUUGAUCCGGAGGAUGGCACGCUUAGCACUGCUGAUGAGGCUGUUCAGGAGGAGAAGAGUGCGCCUGUGGAGAAGGUUGAGCCCAAGCCUGCUGCUGAGAGUGAGGCGAAGGUCGAAGAGACGCCGGUUCCGUCGGCUGAGGGAAAGAGUGAAGAGAAGGUAACAGAGGCUGAGCCGGAGAAGAAGGGGCCGGAGCCGGAGCCGGAGCCGGAAUCUGAAGCUAAGGUCCAGACCGCUGAGGAGGUUAAGGAUGAAAAGAAGGUCACGGAAAGCACUCCAGGGCCGGAAACCAAGUCCCUGGCUACUAACAUGGCUGGGGAACCGCUGAUCGAGGAGGAGAUCAAGAAGGGGGGUGAGGAGGAGACUGUGAAAGCGACGCAGGACUGA